ACGAGGAAGCAACGGGAGAGCUACGAAGAGUUGACGAUUGCACACAGGAGAAAUCUCCCCAACUUUAGAGUCCGUGUCUCCGAAAUUGGCGAAGAUUUCGCAGAUUUUUCGAGUCGGAUCAGAUGGCGGAGGGGGCUGUGCAUUCGCGAUAUGUGAAGUUGACUAAAGAUCAAGGGCCUGUGGAGGAGAUUAAGCCUGGGGAGCUCAAUCAGCCGAUAGAUGUUCCUCAGUUAAAUGUUCAUAAAUGCAAUGAAUGUGGACAACCUCUACCAGAAAGCUAUGAACCUCCAGCAAAUGAACCUUGGACAACUGGGAUUUUCGGCUGUGCUGAAGAUACAGAAAGUUGUUGGACUGGACUGUUUUGUCCAUGUGUUCUUUUUGGACGUAAUAUUGAGAGCUUGAGAGAAGACACUCCCUGGACCACGCCUUGCAUUUGCCAUGCCAUUUGUAUUGAAGGUGGCAUUGCACUUGCAAUAGGGACGGGGGUCUUCCAUGGUAUCGAUCCAAGGACAUCAUUUCUCAUCUGUGAGGGUCUGUUGUUUGCUUGGUGGAUGUGUGGCAUAUACACUGGUCUAGUUCGGCAAUCACUACAGAAGAAAUAUCAUCUCCAGAAUUCCCCAUGCGACCCCUGCAUGGUCCACUGCUGCAUGCACUGGUGUGCGUUAUGCCAGGAGCACAGGGAGAUGAAGGGACGCCUCUCAGAAGACCUCGUCAUGCCAAUGACCAUUGUCAACCCUCCCCCGGUUCAAGAGAUGAAUUCCGAAGAAAACAACCAGCAGGAUGCUGCACCAUCCUCUGCCAAGGGCACUGAGCACACCCAUUUGGAAAUGCAGGCUCUGUAGGACCACUCAAACACAUAAAACACAAUAAUAUUUAUGGGGAUUCUGUGUUGUGUUGCUCAUGUUUGUAGGAGUUUUGGACGACAUUUGUACAGAGCUGGAUUGAUGAGUGCUUCAGAGACCUAAAACCCCAGCUCUUCUUGAUACCUAGAAGUUUACAUUUAUCAAUUUAGAUACCUUCUUGUUAGGGGCUUGUUGGAAAUGGCAUGCAUAGUAUACGCCCUUUUUCUUUUUGGUUGCGUUC